AAGGAAGUUUAUAUAGCAACCACUGGAAAGAAAAUCUAGGAAUACUUUUCUCGACAAUCAAUUAGGGUUUAAAAGGGUGAAAACUAACAAUGGCAGAAACUGUCAUAUCAGCCAAAAUGCCUCCACACAUAGAUGUGACAAGAGCUCCUCUGGCUUAUGGAGAUCGAGCACUGCCAAGAUUGAACCGAGAGCUGAUAGACCUAAAUUUACUCACAAGGCAAAGAGCUGUCAGAUCAUUGUGUGACUAUUUACACGACCCAGAACACAUAGCAGAGGCUCUAAGACAAGGAAUUCCAGAAAGUCUGAAGGGCCUGUUAGAUGAUAAAGAUGUCACAGUGAGACAGAAGGCUACAGAGUGUUUAUACAUUAUAGCAGGUUAUGCAGUUGGGAGAGAAGCAUUUUUGGACCAAAACAUCAUCAUUCCAUUAUCAAAACUUUUUGCUGACAAAGAAGAUAUUGUAAGAAAAAAUGCACACAAAGCAAUGGAAAUGGUGUCAGAAACAAUGACAGGUGCUGAAGGUAUUGUGGAAGCAAAUUUAGUUCCAGUGCUUGUAGAAAAGCUAAAAACAGAACAUGAUGAAAUCAAGGAACUUAUCCUAGACACAUUGCACUUCUGUAUGCGUGUGGACACUGCACAUGCUUUGAGGGCAGAGGCCAUGCAGGUGUUUACAAACCAUCUGCAACAUGGGACACCUGUUAUUAGGGCUAAGGCAGCUAGGGAUAUCAUGGAUCUAAGUGUUCCCCUUGAUGGCAAAAACAAGGCAGUCGAGGUUGGAUCUGUGGCUUCACUGGUUGAGCUUCUGAAAGAUUCUGAUGCUGAUGUGAGAGCCAGUGCUGCAGGUGCAAUAAUGACUAUAACCAUCACUACUAAGGGGAAAUACACAGCAUUGAACUGCAAUGCCAUUGAGCCCUUGGUCAAACUGGUUGAUGAUGAAAAUAGUGAAGUUAGAGCAAAUGCCCUCAAGGCAAUCACAUGCUUAGCUGAAGCUCCAGAAGGCAGACAGGAGCUUUUGAAUCACAUUGAUCAGAUCCGGAAGAGGACAAAUGAUGCUAUUCCUGCAGUUGUGAAACAUGCAAACAUUGCUGUAAAAGUGAUCACGUGGAAACCCUAAAGAACUACCUAUUCUUAUAUUGACAGCCUUUUUAUAGCAAGAUGAGACUUAAAGCUAAUAUUUUACAGUAAUUUUGACAGGGAAAGGAACAAUUAGGACAUUUAUUGGCAUGAAGAAGUUCUCAGACAUUUAUCAUGAGACUAUUAGCACUUCUGUAAAAUUUAUGAAAUAGAUCAUGUGAACGAUUUUCUCAGCCUGUAUAUUUGUAA